UGGCGUGAAUUAGUGAUCUCCCUAACAAGCUAGUGUAUAUCUCGAUCAGCUUCUCUCGGACUGACUUGCAUACAUUUGUAUGAUAGGUAUGGAGCUGUGGAGCGAUAUCGCUUUCCUGUUGGCCUCAGCCAAUCGAUAACUCUCAUUCGUCCAACAGUGAGUAGACUGGUUUGGUCGGUUCAACUUCAACGGAUCUCAGCACCAGCAGCUAACCUCAAACAAACCAGUAGAACCUCGGAGAUGACGCAUCGACUAGAUUGUGGAUUGUUAUUGUCGAUUCUGCUGGCGAUAAAUUACUUAGCUGUGGUUGAAGCUCAGUAUUGGACACCCUGCAGGACACCAAUCGGAGAAUCGGGAUCAUGUGUUCUAGUGGCCGAGUGUAAUUUUAUUCGGCAAGUUCUGCAGAAGCCUCUGCUGGAGAACAACGACAUCCGAUACAUCGAGGCUAGUCGCUGUGGAGUUUAUCAGAAGAAAGCUCUGGUUUGUUGUGCUCAACCCUCGGGGAAUCCGCCAACUCCAGCUCCAGCUCCAGCGGUUGAUCCAGGACUUGUUCAGCAGCAGCAUAAUGAGAACCGGUUCCAACCAUCCGGUUCCCUGGCCACCAAACGGUCACUGCUCCCGAGUGAUCCGGUCUGUGGAACUCAGCUGAGCGAUCGGAUCAUCGGUGGCGAGAGGACCAAGAUCGAUGAGUAUCCCUGGACUGCCCGUAUUGGCCGGGUAGAUGUUCGAAAUAACGAGUUUGCGUUCUUUUGUGGUGGUUCGUUGAUCAAUGAACGAUACGUACUGACGGCGGCUCAUUGCGUCGUGGGAAUUCCCCGAGCAUGGAGAAUAGCCUCGGUUCGCCUCGGCGAAUGGGACGCCGAAUCGGAUCCGGACUGCAUCGAGGGCGAAUGCUACGAUCCGGUACAGGACAUCGAGGUGGAAAAGCCGAUCGCCCACGAACGGUACGUCAAUAGCCGACAGGGGGUCCACAAUGACAUCGCACUUCUUCGGCUGGCUCGGAAAGCCAAAUACGAAGACACCGUCGUUCCGAUCUGCUUGCCCAUCGAUCGUAACUUUGCCGGCCAAUCCUACGAGGGACGCAAGAUGAUCGUCACCGGGUGGGGUCAAACCGAGACGAGUAAAGGGAGUCGAUACAAGCUGUUCGUAUCUUUGACCGGGGUUCCGAGGGAUUACUGUCAGCAGCAAUUCCCCACGGCCAGUAUUGAUGAGACUCAAAUUUGCGCCGGUGGAGAGGCUGGGAAAGAUUCCUGCCGGGGUGAUUCCGGUGGACCGCUGAUGGACGUUAGUCUAGACAAGGGACGAGCAGUGCUCUACCUGGCGGGGAUCGUUAGCUUCGGAAGUAAAAACUGCGGCUCGGCAGGUGUUCCUGGUGUUUAUACGAAGGUCAACAUGUACGGAGACUGGAUUUUGAACAAUAUCGAGCCGUAGAGAAGGACAAAAUACUUAGGCAUUCGAAGGGAACAGAUUUUAGUCAUCAAUCAUGACCUCAACAUAACCUCAAGUAUUGAAAAUCUAUCGUCAGACGUGAUUAAAAAAAUUAAAAUAAUCAAAA